UGGAUGUUCUGGGCGCCGCGGCUCUUCGCCUCGUUGCGCUCAGUGCAAGUGGGAGAAGAAGUGGUGGCGGAGGGUCGCGCGCGUCUUUAAUUUCCUCCCCUGCCGCAGCCAUGAAGGAGGACUCGGGCGCCGUCGCGUGGAGCGCGCUCGCUUUGUCGCCAUGAGAACUCACUGCAAGCUCGUGGCGAUCGCCGCGUGCCUCGGAGUUGCGCUACUUCUGUACUUUCUGGCUGGGAGCGGCGCGGAUCAUGAGGGGUCCCGCGGGGACGCGCGCGAGGAGGAGGAGGAGGAAGAGGAUGGCCGAACCGCGCUCCCGAGCAAGACCUCCACGAAGCCGGCGCAGAAGAAGGCGCGCGCGUCCCCGCGGGGGCAACGGGGACAGCAGGGACAUCAGAAGCAGAAGCAGCAGCAGCGCGUGAGGCACCGCGAGGGCGGCGCAGCGGUCCGAGACGGCGCGGGUGGACGUGCGAAGCCAGGGCUUUCCCGUGGCAGGCAGCGGGCGGAGGCUGGGCGCGGCGCGCGCGGGUUCGACGUGCCGGACGAGCGGAUGCACCUGGCCGUGGUGGCCUGUGGCGACCGCCUGGAUGAGACGCUCAAUAUGCUCAAGUCGGCGCUGCUCUUCAGCUUCCGGAAGAUCAAGUUCCACAUCUUCGCGGAGCAAACCCUGGCCUCGCUCUUUGAGAAGGGGUUGUUCUUCCAGCUGAGCCAGUGGCCCAGGCCCAUCUCCUCCAAGUUCCAGUACAACAUCUACCCCAUCACCUUCUCCGUGGGCAAUGCUGAGGAGUGGAAGAAGCUCUUCAAGCCCUGCGCAGCACAGAGGCUCUUCCUGCCUGUCAUCCUGAAGGAUGUGGACUCGCUGCUGUACGUGGACACGGACGUCCUCUUCCUGAGCCCCGUGGACCACAUCUGGAACUUCCUGAAGGAUUUCAACAGCUCCCAACUGGCUGCCAUGGCCCCCGAGCACGAAAUCCCCAAGAUAGGCUGGUACAGCCGCUUCGCCCGACACCCAUUCUACGGGGUCACCGGGGUCAACUCGGGGGUCAUGCUGAUGAAUCUCACACGCAUACGGAGCACUUUGUUCAAGAACAGCAUGAUCUCCGGCGGCCUGUCGUGGGAAGACCUCCUUCACCCGCUGUACCAGAAGUACAAGAACCACAUCACCUGGGGUGACCAGGACCUCCUGAAUAUCAUCUUUCACUACAAUCCUGAGUGCCUCUACAUAUUCCCGUGCCAGUGGAAUUACAGGCCCGACCACUGCAUGUAUGGCAGCAACUGCAAGAGUGCCGAAGAAGAAGGCGUGUCCAUUCUCCAUGGCAACCGUGGAGUGUACCAUGACGACAAGCAACCUGCCUUCAAAGCCGUGUAUGACGCAAUACACGACUAUCCCUUCGAGGAAAACUUGUUCCAGUCGCUGUUCUACCCCCUGCAGACCAAGUUCCUGGACACGGUGAACACGCUGUGUGGGCGGAUUCCCCAGGUGUUCCUCAAGCAGGUGGAGAAAACGAUGAGGACGGUGUACGAGCGCAGAGUGGUCCGCCACAUGAGGCCAAGGCACCAGUAAAACCCUUUAAAUGUCUAAUGCCUUCUACGUCCUUCCUUCCUGAACCCGAGAAGGCACGAAAGCGAAGGAGCGAAACAAAGGCGCUCGAGGUGUUUCACAGCCAUGUGAGGAACGUGGCAAGUGCCGGCGCCGGGAAGGCCGGUGGGCACGGAGCGGCCAGCUGGAGGCGCUCUUCUCGUUCCAUGGCGGAGCGACGCUGCGGUCAAGGCUUCCCCAGCCUGUGUGUCCCCAGGAGAUGGACCGAUCGAACAUUCAGAAGCAGCUGUACCAGGUUCACAGCAACAACCUCAUUUUAUUUUCCAAAAAUUUUUUUCUGCCUUUUUUUUUUUUUUUUUUAACUGCAUGACUUUUUCGUGAUAAAUUCAAAUGUACGAAAUACCGAUCAUUUAAAAAUUUUUGCCUCUUAUUAGCAUGUGCUUCCCUCCCCACAAGCUUUUCAUUAGCAGUCAUCUUUUUAAUUAUUAAGUAUGAAACGUGGCGUUCAGUAUUAGUAUUAUCGACAGUAUUAUUCCGGAUAUUUUUUUAAUAAUCUGCAGCGUCUCAUGUUCCAUAACGUGGACUGUCUACAUAAGUACUUUUUUCCUUCAAGAAAAUUAGUGAUUGAAUGUGACCAAGGAUGCAUUUCAGCGUGAUAUCCUGGAUCCAUACUGAGAUUCAACAUCAUGCGCUCGCAAAUGAGCCCAGUCGGGGGGAGGUAAAAGGACCAGUAAACCACUGUUGAGUUCUGAGACACGGCCUCAUGUUUGUGAACAAUGCGGUGACCAAGGGCUGGUGUGUGUGUUACAUCACUUGUACCGCAGUACCUGCCAAGCUGUGCAGUUGAGAGGAUUUCUCACCCAAGGGGAUGGGUUCGAAAGUGGGAAAUGCCAGACAAGCUUUUGUACUGGUUUGUGUGGAAGGGAAGUUUUUUAAAAAAAUUUUUAAAAAUAAAUGUGCCAUGAGGUGUGGUGUCCUUAUCGGAAUUGCCUCUGAGAGGUUUAAAUCUGAAUGUGUGCCGUGACGGAUGCUGAGAGUCCUGCGUAGGUGCGCUGCGUGGUCGGUGUCCGCAGGUUUCCUUCCGCCAGCCGUGGGAGAGCCGCCAGAAGGGUGGCGAGCGCUGGAAUAACACUCGUGCCACAUGUGAAGAUUGUUCCACGAAUACAUAUUCUAUGCAUUGUCAGCUGGUGUUUUUUUUCUUCUUUUUUUAAUUCUAAUUUUUUUAAAUUUCACUUUUAUAAGAAGGAGCUGCCAAA